AUGGCCAACUUGACUACCAUGAGGGCUGUGGCCUAUUUCGGCCAGCCAUACAACGUCUCGGUUAUAGACAUGCCUCUACCAUCCAUCGUCAACCAGACAGACGUCGUGGUUCGCAUCACCAGCUCCGCCAUUUGUGGUUCCGACCUCCACUUCUAUCACGGCUUCAGUGGUUCGCCGAAUGUGCCGUGGGGUCUUGGACAUGAAGCCAUCGGUUAUGUGUCAGAGAUUGGUGAUGCUGUCACGGCUCUCAAUAUUGGAGACUACGUGAUCGUUCCAGACAACGCUGACGAUGGCCACUGGGGUCCAUCCCACCCGCUUUCCUUUGGAGUCGGAUCCCCUGACUAUGGCGGCCUUCAAGCGGAGUAUGCACGAGUCCCGUUUGCCGAUAACACCCUCAUUCCAAUCCCGAUCAACUCAACUCAUCGAGAAGCAGAGCUCGACUAUCUCAUGAUUGCCGAUGUUUUCACCACUGGAUGGCACUCUCUGAGCUACUCGGGUUUCGAAGCGGGCGAUAGCGUUGCUGUCUUUGGCGCUGGGCCUGUCGGUCUUCUGGCCGCCUACUCGGCUGUACUUCGAGGAGCUUCAAACGUUUACGUAGUGGACCACGUCGAGAGUCGUCUGGAGUUGGCCCGUUCUAUCGGAGCCUCCACCAUCAACUUUGACAAAGACGAUCCCGUAGCUGCUAUCAUGGCCCUCGAACCUGAAGGUGUUACUCGAAGCUUAGACGCGGUUGGGUUUGAGUCUGUUAAUUCGACUGGUCAGAUGCAUACAGGCAUUGUUUUAGAGCAGAUGGUCGCGGUCACGUCUAUUUAUGGCGGCAUGGGAAUUGCCGGAGUAUACAAUGGCGGAGGCAAUAGCACUGCGGGUGCACCCUUGGCAGGGGAGUUGCCAGCUGAGAUACCAAUGCCGAUUGCUGCCCUUUGGAGAAAAGGGUUACAUGUUGGUGCGGGUAUUGUUCUACCCUUAAUCCAGGCCCCUCCCCUGCUCGACCUUAUUGCAUCUGGAAAAGCUUCCCCGAGCUUUGUGGUGAGCGCAGAAAUCGGCAUUGAGGAGGCCCCGGAGUAUUACCAACGAUAUAGUAAUCAUCUAGAGAGCAAGGUUGUACUUCGGUUUCCCUAG